AUGCCGAUCACUAAGAAUAACAGACGCCUCUCUAGCUUGAGGAAAGGUGUGCAAUGUUCAGCUGCAGACAACUUAACAUUAGAAGAUGGGGACAAUUUGAAGUCUUGUACCUUUGUGCAUCAGCAAAAAUGUAAAAGUUGCGUUAAAAAAUCGCGAUCGAUUUCUAUGAACAAUUCCAAAAUACCUGAAGUUGGAGAGCUCAGGUUCAAUCUCGAAACUCGAAGAUUCAGUUGUUCGGAUGCACUGAAUGCCCACCAUAACAGAAAUAUUACCCAUAACAGAUCGAGAGGUCUUCUUCUCAAGAACAGCGAAGCAGUUCGAAGACAGAAAAGAUCGAGUAAAAGCAAGGACGCACCAACCUUGUCCAAAGAAGACAAUCGCUUGAAAUUGAGGAAUGCUCUCUGCAAGGAAGGAAAAGAUAGAACAAAACUGAUUGAAGUUUAUGGGAGGAAGAAUGUGGGGAAGACAACAUUUUUGCAUUUAUUGAAGUCGCUUAAAGAAUUUGUUCAAGGACAGCAAAGCAGUGGUGUUUCCUGUGUAAAUACUAACCCUGAUAUAUACCUGACCAUUGAAAAUAAGGAGAUAUGCCCAGAAACGAUUUCACAGGAAAUGGAUGAUGUUGACGCCUGUGUUGUCAUGUUUGCGGUGUCUGAUAAAGCAUCGUUCCAGUUUGCCAAACUCUGUGUGCAAAACAUUCGCCGAAGCCAUCGAGAAGAUGUACCUAUAUUUCUUGUAGCAAACAAAUCUGAUUUAAUUCGUUACCGGAAGGUGUCCACCAAUGAUGCCAUUAAAGUUGCUGACGUUCAUAAGUGCCUCUUCUUUGAGACAGCUCUAACCAUGAAUCACAACACAGACGAACUAUGUAAAGAAGUCUAUAUGCAAACUGAACAAACUUCAGUUCGAAAACAAUUGAAAUGUUUCGAGCGAGUGUUCGAAAUAUUUCAAUCCAGAAUGAAACGUGUUUUUGGCAGAUAG